AAGCAAAGGCAAGGCAAGGCAAGGCAAGGCAAGGCAUGGCACGGCAAGGCAAGGAAAAGAAAAAGAAAAAAAGAAAACCAUACUUUUUCCUACCAACUCCCAUCUCUCCCCAUUUUACCUCCUCAUGCAUUUGCCCAAAUACAGGACCCACCCCCACCAAAAUGAGACUUUAUUCCUGGUAUUAUUCUUGGUUACAUCCCCUUCCCUGAAGUUCACCCUGGCAGGGCCAGUUUGGGGAAUUAGCCUUGGGCAACCAUAUCCUUCCUGGCAGAGCUGCCAGCAUUAUUGCCCAAUCAGAGACAUCUUUGUGCCCGUAGGGUAUAAGAGACAACAGCAUCCUGGACAUAGCAGACUGGGGUCCCACCAGCUACAGAAAUGAGGUCCAUUCUGAUCAUCUCCCUCCUCGGCUGCUUCUUUGCAGCAUAUGAGGCCAAAAUCUUCUCCAAGUGUGAGCUGGCCCGCAAGCUGAAGGCAGAGGGAAUGGAUGGCUUCCACGGCUACAGCCUGGCAAACUGGGUCUGCAUGGCUGAGCAUGAGAGUAACUUCAACACCCGGGCCUUCAAUGGGAAAAAUGACAAUGGCAGCAGUGACUAUGGGAUCUUCCAGAUCAACAACAAGUGGUGGUGCAAAAAUAACUCCUCCCCUUCAGCAAAUGCCUGCAACACAAUGUGCAGUAGGUUUCUGGAUGACAACAUCAGUGAUGACAUCGCCUGUGCCAAGAGGGUCGUGAAAGAUCCUAAUGGGAUGUCUGCCUGGGUGGCCUGGGUAAGACACUGCAGAAACAAGGAUUUGUCCAGAUAUCUAGCCAGUUGUAAUCUGUGAGACUGUCAUUGAAUAUGGCUCCUGGAGAAAGUGGCCAAGUUCUUGGAAACUCUGAAUUUCUGUCCCCCCUCCCCCAUCUCUGCCUCCAAAA